CCCAGAAAAAUGGCGGCUUCCUUCCUCUUCCCGCACGCAUUCCUUUCUCCUCGUGUCGUGUUCGUGUCUCCUUGCAUUCCCACUCCGGCAGACCGGCGCUCCCACUCCACUGCCAUCACCCUCGCUCCCUCUCUGCCUCUCUCCAGGAGCUCAUCACUCUCUCUCUCACCGAUGUCUCCACUCCUCACGCUCACCUCACUCCUCUUCCUCGUCCACUCCGCCGCCGCCGCCGCCGGCGGCGGCGACACCAGGCGGGCGCUGCACGAGCCGCUCUUCCCCAUCGAAUGGACCCCGCCGCCGUCCACCACGGCGCCGCCAGCACCGGGAUUCGCCGCCGAUCCCUCCACGCCCGUCCCACCCGUCGACAACGGCGGGCCGGCGCUGCUCCCGGCUCCGCCGCCACCGAACACCGUCGCCGCGGACGCCUCAUCAUCCCGCACAGGCCCGGCUCCGCGCGUCCACGGCGGCGGCGGCGGAGGAGGAACGCCCAAGGCCGCCAUUGUCGUCGCCUCCGCCGCCGCGGCGGCCGUCCUCGCGCUGCUCGCCUUCGCCGCCGCGUUUCUCCUCACGGGCCGUCUCGCGCGGCGGCACCCCGCGUGGGCGAACAAACCCCCCGGCCUCGCCGCCGCGGCGCACCCUGGGCCUGCCUCCGCGGUCGUGCUGCACGCCGACGCGGUGGGCACCUCCGCAGCGGCGGCGGCCUCGUCGUCGGGUGCCGGUGCCACACCGUACCGGAAGGCCCGCUCGGAGCGCGCCAGGCGGGGCAUGUGCCGCGACGUCGACACCGUCCCGAGCCCGGAACUCAGGCCGCUCCCGCCGCUUCGGCGCGCGGGGUCGUCCGACGAGGACGCCGCGUACUACACGCCGGGCCAGCGCUCGGCGGGCGGCGACGGCGCCGGGACGUGGAGCGAGGCGAGCGCGUCCAGCCCACGGACCACCACUCCCUCCCGCCGCAGUCUCCCCAGCCUCACCAGCGAUUUCUUCCCACCCACGCCGGCCGCCGCCGUUCCAGCUGCAACCGUGGCGCCUCCUCCGCCCGCGCCUCCUGCGCCACGCUCCCGACGCACUCUGCCGCGGACCCGUUUCUCCGCCGGCUCCGCCUCGGAUAUGAUCAAGCAAAUGGUCUCGCCACCCUCCAACCCACCUCCUCCUCCUCCACCGCCGCCGCCGCCGCCGCCGCCAGCGCCAAGAUGCACCAACGCAAUCCCAAAACCUCCGCAGCCUCCACCGGGACCAUCCGCUGCACCAUUAUCAACGCGCCGGCUUCACAAACCAGAGCAAACAGAGGGGCCAAGUGUCGCUGCGCCGAGAGCACCCGUCAUGGCGGUGAACAAAGACAAUGACGGCAUGUCGAUCCGGACGGACGAUGAUCCUGCCGGUGACGAAGCCCGCCCCAAGCUGAAGCCGCUGCACUGGGACAAGGUCCGGGCGUGCUCCGACCGCGACAUGGUCUGGGACCGGCUCAAGUCCAACUCAUUCCAGUUGGAUGAGGACAUGAUCGAGGUGCUUUUCACGAACAAUGCUGCAAAUGCACCUUCUAGGGACACGCUGAAAAAACCUGGAGCGCCGCAAUGUAGUGCCCAAGAGAAGGUCCUUGAUCCUAAGAAGGCACAGAACAUUGCCAUCCUGCUGCGCGCACUGAAUGUCACUCUGGAAGAGGUCUCCGAUGCACUGUUAGAUGGCAAUGCUGAAUGUCUGGGGGCGGAUUUGUUGGAAACCUUAGUAAAGAUGGCUCCUACAAAAGAGGAAGAACUGAAGCUUCGAAACUUUACUGGGGACUUAUCAAAGCUUGGUUCGGCAGAGCGUUUUCUCAAGGCACUGCUUGAUAUCCCUUUCUCCUUCAAAAGAGUUGAUGCUAUGCUAUAUCGAGCAAAUUUUGAGAGCGAAAUUAAUUACCUCAGGAAAUCUUUCGAGACAUUAGAGGGAGCUUGUGAUGAUUUAAAAGGCAGUAGAUUGUUCCUGAAGCUACUUGAAGCUGUCCUGCAAGCUGGGAACCGAAUGAAUGUUGGCACAAACCGUGGUCAGGCAAAAGCUUUCAAGCUGGACACUCUACUCAAACUCGCAGACGUCAAAGGCACCGAUGGCAAAACCACCUUGCUACACUUUGUUGUCCAAGAAAUCGUCCGGUCUGAAGACGCAAAAUCCGAGAAAGCCGUAGGAGAUGAAGCCAGAAAUAUCGUGAAAGACGAAAUGUUCCGUAAGCAAGGAUUGAAAGUUGUAUCUGGGCUGAGCAAUGAGCUCGGGAAUGUCAAGAAAGCAGCCAGCAUGGAUUUCGAUGUGCUGCACAGCUAUGUAUCCAAGCUUCAGGCCGGUCUUGGCAAGAUCAAGUCGGUCCUCCUGCUCGAGAAGCAGUGCACCCAAGGCCAGAAUUUCUUCGCGAGGAUGCGUGAUUUUCUCAAGGAAGCUGAGAUAGAGAUCAAACAAGUCAGGUGCGAUGAGGAGAGGGCUCUGGGGAGAGUGAAAGAGAUCACUGAGUAUUUCCAUGGCGAUUCUGCAAAGGAGGAAGCGCACCCUCUGAGGAUAUUCAUGGUUGUGAGGGACUUCCUGUCCAUGCUGGACCAUGUCUGCAAGGAGGUCAGCCAGCAGGACAGGUCGGUUGUUGGAUCUGGAAGGUCCUUCCGUAUGUCAGCGACCACGGCAAUGGCGAACCUGAAAAUGUACGGCCAGCAUGCAGGAGACGACGACGACGACGACGACGAAGAGAGUUGGUCGCUGUAGGAAAUGGGGAUCAAGUACGAGGAGGGAAACGAACCGAACCGCAAGAAUCCUAUAUAUAGAUGAAUACUUGUUACAUCUUACCAUAGCACACAUAUGUCACUUUUGAUAAGUAAGAAGAUAGGGUCGAAUCUUGUUGUAUAAUUAUGGAUGCAUCGAAUUCUUUCUUGUACAAAAUAAAUAAGUAGCUGAGAAUAUUUUGUUUUGU